UUGAUCUUCUGCUUUUCCAAGAUUACUUUUGCCGCUUUUGCCUACUCUGUAAGUCUUUCGUCUUCAUUGCUUGCUCAUCAUGAUGCGCACAUUCUCACACACGAAUCACUCAGUUCAUAGACAUGAUUCUUCAAGAGCAUCUUCCGUCGCUCUUCCAUGAUGGUAUCAGAGCUCUUCCUUUGAAGAGCUCUGUUGCGCCUCUAAACCCUAUUUUUUUUUUGGUUCCUCUUUUCUUCUCUUUGCCUAUUCUUUUACAGGAUAUUCCACGAUGAUGGAGGAACAUACUCUUUCUUCCGGUCUCCUGUAUCUUCAUCCAAGCGAAAGCCCUGCAAUUUCCCUUGUUUCCCCUCUCUUAGAAUCCAACAAUUACCAUGCUUGGAGCAAAUCAAUGUGCACAGCCUUGAGUGCCAAGAACAAGAUUCAAUUUAUUGAUGGUACCGCUACACCGCCGCAAAAGGAAGCUGAUUUUUAUCACGCAUGGACAAGAUGCAACGACAUGGUGGUCUCUUGGCUCGUACAUUCUGUAUCUCCGGACAUACGCCGCAACAUCCUCUGGAUGGAUAGCGCCCAGGCCAUAUGGGACGACCUAAAAUCAAGAUUCUUCCAAGGAGAUCUCCUACGCAUUUCUGAGUUACAAAAUGAAGCCGCCGCUCUAAAACAAGGGGAAAGAACCGUGACAGAGUUUUUUACCAAGUUGUGUAUAAUAUGGGAUGAGCUCGACAACUUUCGUCCUGAACCGACCUGCUCCUGUGAAAUCAAGUGCUCUUGCAAACUUAUUUCAACAAUUGCUCAACGAAAGCAUGAAGAUCGGACUCUACAAUUUCUUCGCGGACUGAAUGAACAAUACGAUAACAUUCAGUCUCACGUUUUGCUUAUGGAUCCUAUGCCUCCCAUUUCAAAAAUCUUUUCCUAUGUUGUACAACAAGAAAGACAGGUUAUGAGCAAUAAUUUUCUCAAUGGGUUGGAAAUUAAACACGUUGCUGCUGUCGGCAUCGUCACUUGUUCCUAUUGUGGCAAAAAUGGUCACAACGAAUCGGUUUGCUUCAAGAAACAUGGAUUCCCAGCUAACAAAAAUACUACUGGUAAGAAGAUUUGCUCUCAUUGUGAAAAAGCUGGACAUACCAUUGAAGUCUGCUACAGGAAACAUGGGUUUCCUCCAGGUCAUAAACUCCAUAAUGGAAAAAGUUUCAUGACUACAAAUCAAGAUACCAAGAAUGAUGGUUCUUCAGAUGCCAAUGAUCAAGAGGUCCGCUUGACACAACAACAAUAUCAAGCUCUCCUGACUCUUAUCAAGCCCUCUCACGACACAGGAACCUCAUCAACUAAUCAGAUCAGUUCUGUAAUAUCUAAUUCAAAUGAUACAGGAUUUGACAACAAACAACAAGACUGGUUCAGUUGAUAUCAAUGGAGGGUUGUACAUCUUUCGUGGAUCCACCAACAUUACACAGCAUUUUACUCACUCUGUAGAUAAGCACACUCCUGCUAAAUCUGAUUGUAACAACAUUUGGCACAAUCGGCUAGGUCAUUUGUCUGAUAAAAGACUAGAAAUUUUGAGACAAAAGUAUAGUUACAUUGAUUUUAGAACUGAAAAUUGCAAUGCUUGCCACACUGCUAA